AUGGGCACUCGGCAGACUAAGGGCAGCCUAGCAGAAAGAACAAGCCCCGGCGCAGCGCCCGGCCCCCGCCGCGAACGACCCGACUUCUGGGCGUCGCUGCUGCUGCGAGCUGGGGACAAGGCAGGGCGUGGGGGCGCCGGCGCAGGGCUGCCCCCCUACCACCGGCGCGUCGGCAUGGUUCAGGAGCUGCUGCGGAUGGUGCGCCAGGGCCGGCGGGAAGAAGCGGGGACACUGCUGCAGCACCUGCGCCAGGACUUAGGCAUGGAGUCAACCUCGCUGGAUGAUGUGCUGUAUCGCUACGCCAGCUUCCGGAACCUGGUGGACCCCAUCACACAUGACCUCAUCAUCAGCCUGGCGCGCUACAUCCACUGCCCCAAGCCGGAAGGCGACGCGCUGGGAGCCAUGGAGAAGCUAUGCCGGCAGCUGACCUACCAUCUCAGCCCGCACUCCCAGUGGAGGCGGCACCGAGGGCUGGGCAAGAGGAAGCCGCAGGCCUGCCUCAAGGCUGUCCUGGCUGGGAGCCCUCUGGACAAUACAGUGGACCUGUCAGGCAUUCCCCUGACCUCCCGUGACCUGGAGCGAGUGACCAGCUACCUGCAGCGCUGUGGGGAGCAGGUGGACAGCGUGGAGCUGGGCUUCACCGGCCUCACAGACGAUAUGGUUCUACAGCUGCUGCCUGCGCUCAGCACACUACCCCGCCUCACCACACUGGCACUCAAUGGCAACCGGCUGACCAGGGCUCUACUGCGUGACCUCACUGAUGCUCUGAAGGACCCUAGCAAGUUCCCCAAUGUCACAUGGAUAGACCUGGGCAACAACGUGGAUAUCUUCUCACUGCCUCAGCCCUUCCUGCUCAGCCUGCGCAAGCGCUCCCCCAAACAAGGCCACCUACCCACCAUCCUGGAACUGGGUGAAGGGCCAGGCAGUGGGGAGGAUUCCCGGGAUGGGACCCAGGAAGACCCUGGAGGGGGGCCAUUGGCCCCUGCCAAAGAUUACAGCAAUAGGGACCUUGUAGAGCCUGUAACUGUAGCCCUGACGUGA